CAGGUCAAAAUAGAAUUAGCAGUCAAAAUUCUUCAACGCCUGAAAACGCGAUUUGUGAUCCGAGUUUUUCGAUCAGUGAUCAGAUCAGCAGACAAUCGCAUUUGAAUAAGGGUUUGAAAAUGCUUCUGGCGGUCUUAUUUUCCAACUCCGAGGGCAACAUCCUCGUCGAACGUUUUAAUGGAGUACCAGCAGAGGAGCGUCUGCAUUGGAGGUCUUUCCUAGUUAAGCUGGGUGCGGAGAACCUUAGAGGGAUUAAGAAUGAAGAACUCCUAGUGGCUUGCCACAAGUCUGUUUACAUUGUAUACACAGUACUCGGAGAUGUCAACAUCUAUGUUGUAGGAAAGGAUGCGUAUGAUGAACUUGCAUUGUCUGAAGCAAUCUUUGUUAUAACAUCUGCUAUCAAGGAUGUAUGUGGAAAACCUCCAACAGAGAGACUUUUCCUGGAUAAGUAUGGAAAGAUUUGCUUGUGCCUGGAUGAAAUUGUGUGGACGGGGUUGCUUGAAAACAUUGACAAAGAUAGAAUCAGGAGACUUGUUAGGUUGAAACCACCAACAGAGUUCUGAUGAAGAUUUUUCCCCGUCUCUUGUUUAUGCAAAGCUUCUGGGACUCAAGCUGCACUCUGUACGUCAAGUGUAGUUUUAAUGCAUGUUUUGCAUCUUUUUUUGGCUUAUGGACUAUCUGUUAGUAAUUUUAUUAGCAGGUUUUAGCACUUUAAUUUGAUUUAUUUACUUGGCCAGAUAAGAAAAAUCACUCCCCAUACUGCUUUCUAAUUAUGGAGGACCAUAACCUUUGAAAAGUGGAGAAAGGGAUGAAUGGAUUCCUUUUCCUUCUCCACAUUAUUCGACUUGUUUGAGUUGGUUAUUUGAGGAUUGUAUCUUUAUAUUACCCUUUCAAUUGAACGGAAUAUGGUUUCCGACCUCUGAA